UGCCCCGCCGGCCCGCGGGUCAGUUCGGGCAGACAGUACUGACAGUAAGCUGAGACAUGGCAUUGUUCCCGGCUUUUGCUUGUGCCGCCGAACCCGGGGAGCCCUCAACCAGCAGCGGCGAGGGCUCCAGGAAAGCUGCAGAAUUGGACUGGCUUAGUAACCGAAGCUUUUUCUCAGAAGAUGCGCUGUUAUUGCAUCAGCGUGCUACAGAAGGUGGGAAUCUUACCCGUGAAAAAUCACCACUACUGACAAGGAGUACAUCAAGAUCAGAGUUGUCAGGGGAAAGCGAUACAGAUGAGAGUCUGAAACAGUCAAGUAAGAAAAGAAAAAAAAAAAAGAAGAAAAAGCAUCACCACUAUAAGAAGGCAAAAAAGAAAACCAGAGGGGACUCCAGUAACAGUGAAUCGGAUGUGGACAUUAAGGACAUCAAGGACAAAGGUGCAGGAGGUGGCAGAAAUCAAAAAAAGGGAGCAGCAGCAAAUUUAGAUAAGAAAACAUCAAAUCCUACCAGCAGUCGCAUUGUUUGGCUUGAUGAUAUCCAGGCUUCUACCACCGAAACCUUCAUAAUAGACAAGAAGCCAGACCCUUCAAACUGGGCCUACAAAUCCCUGCAUCAAAGGGACAUACCAAGAUAUAAAAGGAAAGGAGAGUCCUGUCGCGGCAUAGAUGCCAAGAAGCAGUCUGUAACUUUGGACAGUUCUGCAUCAAAAAAGAAGCAAUCACAGAGGCAACCUGAGCGUUACUUCACAAAGGACAAUGUGAAGAUGCUGAACACUGAUGGUGUGCCUGUUUGCAGCAAAAUUUCUCCAUCUGGCCCAACUACUUUUAUACCAAUUUUCCAAGUGGAAACUGAUGAUCCUUCAGACACAACGGAGUUAAAUCCUCUGGGGAUUUAUGAUUCAUCAACUUUACAGUGGCUACAAGGAAAAGGGUGCAAGAGUGCAGACUGUGAGCCUGAAACUACACAGCAGACAAUUCAAGAGCCUGGGAUAAACAUUAAGUCUGAACUAAUGACAAAAGUGGAAGAACAUAACAAGAAAGUCAGAGAAAACCCAGGAGAUAUUAAUGCUUGGAUGGAAUUUGUUUCUUUUCAGGAUGAAUUGAUGGGAGGACCUGGCCCUUAUGCCAGUAAGGGAGAGCAGGAAGUAAGACGAAAAUCACUGAAGUUUAUCUUAGAAAAGAAACUAGCAAUUUUGGAGAGGGCAAUUGAAAGCAAUCCAAGUAAUGUUGAUCUGAAACUUGCCAGGCUGAAGAUUUGUGCAGAAUUCUGGGAGCCACCAGCUUUGAUCAAGGAAUGGCAGAAGCUAAUUUUCUUACAUCCCAAUAGUCCAGAGCUGUGGAAGAAAUAUCUCCUGUUCUGUCAAAGUCAGUUUACUACCUUUUCCGUUUCAAAAAUCAAUAGCCUCUACGGAAAAUGUUUGACUACAUUGGCAGCUGUGCAGGAUGGCAGCAUGGUAUCACAUCCUCUUCUGCCUGGUACGGAAGAAGCUAUGCUAGCUAUAUUUGUUCAGCAGUGCCACUUUCUGAGACAGGCUGGUCAUUCUGAGAAAGCAGUGUCUUUGUUUCAGGCUCUGAUUGACUUCACCUUCUUUAAACCUGACAGUGUAAAAGAUCUGCCAACAAGGGGACAGGUGGAAUUCUUUGAACCCUUUUGGGAUAGUGGAGAACCACGAAUUGGAGAAAAAGGAGCAAGAGGCUGGAAAGCAUGGAUGCACCAACAAGAAAAGGGUGGCUGGAUUGCUCUCAAGGCUGAUGAUGAUGAUGAUGAUGAAGAGAUAGAUGAGGAUCAAGAAAUAAAGGAUAAAACUCUUCCCAAGUGGCAAAUUUGGUUGGAUAUUGAACAUUCUCGUGAAGCCAGGCAUUGGUUACCUUGGAGGCCAGACAAAAACAAAACAGAAGCUGAAGAAGAUUGUGAAGAUCCAGAAAGACAGGUCUUAUUUGACGAUCUUGGACCAUCUUUAAUCCAGAUUUCUAAUCCAGACCUUCAACGUCAAAUACUGUACUCAUUUUUGCAAUUCCUGGGAGUUCCAUGUACAAGGAAGCUCUUUCCUUCCAACCUCUAUAUUGCCAUGGAUGAAAAUAACAUCUUUGACAGUGUGCUUUCUGAUGAAAAGCCACUCACUUCUGUUGAUUUUCCACUUUCUGGAUUCAGCAGUAUUGGUCAUAUGAACACAAUGCUACGAGGGAGACAUCACAUAGGCCACUACAAAGAAGGAGAGGAGUUCAUACAGAAUGUUUUUCAUGUUCUGUUUCCGCUGUUUUCAGGAAAGGAAAAAUGUGACCUGUCUAUUUGUUGGCUUCAGUAUGAAAUAUCUAAGGUAGUUCAGUGUCUCCAAGGAAAAAACAAAAAGAAGCUGAAAGCGCAAGGGAGAAAGAGUAAAAAGUUGGCCAAGAGUCUCCUUAAAGCACCUGACAACCGAAACCACCUUUCGCUCUGGAAGCUGUAUGCCUACCUGGAGUGGCUGCUUGGUAACAUUGAUGAUGCCAGAAAAGUAUUUGACACAGCUCUUUGUGCAGCUGGAGCAGAAGGAUUGAAGAGUCCCCAGCUCUGCAGCCUCAGUCUGCUUUAUGCUCAGCUGGAAGUUGAAAUACUAGAAAGUGUAGAAGUAGCUGUUAUGUCACGUGCUGCUCAUAUAUUGACCACAUUGGCUGAGGGUGGACCAUAUGUGCCGUAUAGUGGACAAGUGUUAUCAGUGAAUAUGUUGAAAGCUCGUAAAACAUACGAGAGAGCACUGCAAGAUCAUUUAAGUAAAACGCCAGUUUCUGAUCAGGGUCAGGGAAGUGAUGCUGAUCAGCUGGUUAACUUGGUUGGUUGUUAUGCACUGUUCCAGUAUUUGACUGUUGGGAUUGAUGCUGCAGUAUUGAUAUAUGCACAGACUUCAGAAAAACUUGAAGUUUCUGGUCCACAGAAAGGUGAAAAUAAUGAAGAGAAUUCUGGCAUUCAGAAUCUUCCCACUGCUCUCGAAGGUGUCAAACUGCUGCAUACGAAUUUACUGAGAUUCCACAUGAAAAUCAGUAUUUAUCCUUUGAAUCCUCUGCGGGAGGCACUAACGGAGGCUCUGAAAUGGUAUCCUAGCAACCAGUCUCUUUGGAGGUCAUAUAUCCACAUUGAAAGGAAGUCUCACAGUGCUAGCAAAGCACGAAGAUUUUUUGAUGGUGUCACAAGGUCUACUAAGUCUUUAGAGCCAUGGCUGUUUGCAAUCCAAGCAGAGCAGAUGAGAAAAAAACUCACUGACAAUGUCCAGAGGGCAGAUGUUGGUGUAGUACAUUCUACUAUUCCUGAAACUGGACUAACAAAUCGGAUUGUAGCUCUGUUUGAACACGCGGUGCAGAGUGAAAAUGGUACCCAUUGUCCACUGCUGUGGAGAAUGUAUUUGAACUUUCUGGUUUCAGUAGGAAAAAAAGAAGAGAGUAAAGGAUUAUUUUAUAAAGCCCUUCAAAACUGUCCUUGGGCAAAGGUGCUCUAUAUGGAUGCAGUGGAGUACUUCCCUGAUGACCUGCAGGAGACACUUGACCUAAUGACUGAAAAAGAACUGAGAGUGCGGCUGCCUAUGGAAGAGCUGGAUCUGCUAUUAGAGGUUUAAAAAAAGGACUGGAGAUGAGCAGGGAAAGUACAGAAGAUAGUUCCAAAAUGAACAGUUGGACCUAUCUCUUUCCAAACAGGAACUCUGUUGGGACUGGAUUCUAUGUUUGUUUUUUUUUGGUUUUUUUUUUGUUUUUUGUUGUUUUUUCUUAAGAUUUUUCUGGGGAUUUUUUUGGUUGGUUUUCUCUGUAUUUUUUUUAAGCUUUGAUAUACAUUGCCAAGCAAAUGGAGUUCUGUUAGCUGCAAGUACUCUGGAGUCAAAUACUGCAUUUUGCCCACAAAAAUAUAUCCAUUUCUCUGAAGUAUUGCUGGCUCCUACAGAAGGAUACCCUCAUAUAAAUAGCCUCCUGCUGAAUGUUGCCCACACUUCUUAUUCUGUUGUUUGAAAUUACAUUCCCUAGAGUUCAACAGAGUCAGUACAUGCCAACUAUGGUUUGGUGAGCAGCGCAGGAAAUAAACAUCUGCCAAAUAGAUGCUUCACUGUCCUCCAGUUGGCAGGCUUCAGUAGUUUUGUUCAGCUUGGUAUGCGUGUGCGUGUAUACAUAACUAGAGUCAAACAGCCAUUAUAUCUGUAUAUAAACUGUUAGUACAGGCUGAAUCUCUGCUUGAGCAGGCACCUAGUUUGGGCUCGUAUGUUUUGACAGAUGACCCUUUUAAUAUGAAUAUUUAUGAAAAAUAUACCUAUUUGAAAAAUCAAAAGGAACUUGAAUUAUUUUUAUUUCUUAAUUUAAUAAACUGUGAUUGUAUUAAAACUGAAA